AUGUCUUCACUCUGGGCGCAGUUUUGGGCAGCCAGGCACCCUCCCGCAGAUCCUGUCCAUCUUUCGUAUAAGGACAAAGCCGUAUUGGUCACAGGUGCAAACUCUGGCUUGGGCCAUGAAGCAGCUGUGAAAUACGCUGCUUUGGGCGCCAACCCUCUCAUACUUGUUGUGCGAACUCAGGAAAAGGGCGAACAGGCGCAGGCGGAUAUCUUUCGUCGCACGAAGUGCUCUCCCGAAAUUUUCAUCAUCGAGACCGUGGACUUUGCCGAAUUCGCAUCGGUCAAAGCCCUGGGCGACCGUCUCGCAGCACACCCUCGAGUGCAACAGCUCCACGUUGCCCAGCUUGCCGCAGGUGUUGCCCAAUGGCAGUAUGAAAUUAGCCCCGAGGGCUACGAGGUGACUUUGGCGGUGAAUGUGCUCUCACAAGCACUUCUUGCCAUUCUUCUGCAGCCGAGGAUGCGCGCAGCUGCAACAACGGCCACUCCUGAUGGGUUCGUGCCUCACCUGUCGUUCUUGCAUAGCAUCGCCGGGUUUGAGGUUACGGCAGACUGGCUUCCAGCUUGGCAGUCAAUAAUUCAGCACUUAAACGAUCGAGGGAAAUGGGACCCUACUAAACAGUACUUCCUCGCCAAAUUCGCGCUCUGGGGCGUGAUAGAAGGUCUGAUCGAGCGAUACCAUGAAGAUGAAGCAUGCCGCAACAUCGUUAUCAAUGCUUCAUGCCCCUCGGGCUGCAAGACAAACAUGGGCCGCAAUUUUCCCUCCUUUGUGAAGCCUAUACUGGCAUUGCAACAUUUCAUCUGUGGUCGGACAGCUGAACAAGGGGCUCGCUCUCUCGUCGGUGCCACAGCACUGGGUUCUGAGAGCAAUGGUAAACUCUGGAGAAACGACAAGCUUUACCCGUAA